AGUUUGAAAUGCUGGUACUAUGAGCACACGCUCCCUGAAAUAUAUAGUAUUUCAUUUUAUUUUAUAUAUUUUUUUCAUCUUAGUUUCAAUAUCUAAUGUGCAUGACAAUCUUCUAUUUUCUGAUUGCAAGGCUAAUUCGGCAAAAUGGGAGCCACCACAUGGUAGAUUCUUGCAAUUUUUAUACCCAUGGUCACAAUAUCUUAAAGUUGCAGCAGUGUUACGCCACUGUGCCUAUGAAGUUAUGGCACUUGAUACUAUUCUACACUCAGAAAUUCAGGCACCGUACAAUCUGCGAAUUCUAUUUGAGUCAGAAAUCAAAGAGGUAUCAAACGAAGUGGCAGACCUUAUAAGGAUUCUAGGAAGGGACAUCAGCAGCAUGAAAUGGAGCCUGAAAAACUCCCAGGUCAAGAGGGUUCACAGUGCUACCAAGAGGCUUCAACAUUCUAUGCAACUCCAUUCUUAUCUACUUCUCAAAACUACUUCUGAAGAAGAUAGUGAGAUAACGACAGACUUGUUACCUAGGAUGAGGGCCUUGGAGAGUACGGAAGCAUUGUCGCUGGUCAACUUCACUUCCUCGAUCAUCGAGUUUGUAGCGAGGGUUGACUACUUGGUAGAGGAAGUUGAUAGGCUUUCGAAGAUGGCCAAGUUCAAGCAUGAUGGACAGUAG